AUGGACAUGGACGUGGACGUGGACGUUGACGUGGACGUGGACAUGGACGUGGACGUGGACGUGGACGUGGACGUGGACAUGGACGUGGACAUGGACGUGGACGUGGACGUGGACGUGGACGUGGACAUGGACGUGGACGUGGACGUGGACAUGGACGUGGACGUGGACAUGGACGUGGACGUGGACAUGGACGUGGACAUGGACGUGGACGUGGACGUGGACGUGGACGUGGACCUGGACGUGGACGUGGACAUGGACGUGGACAUGGACAUGGACGUGGACGUGGACGUGGACGUGGACAUGGACGUGGACGUGGACGUGGACGUGGGGGGUGGACGUGGACGUGGACGUGGACGUGGACGUGGACGUGGACGUGGACGUGGACAUGGACAUGGACGUGGACGUGGACGUGGACGUGGACAUGGACGUGGACGUGGACGUGGACGUGGACAUGGACGUGGACGUGGACACGUGGACGUGGACAUGGACGUGGACAUGGACGUGGACAUGGACGUGGACGUGGACGUGGACGUGGACGUGGACGUGGACAUGGACGUGGACAUGGACGUGGACGUGGACGUGGACGUGGACGUGGACGUGGACGUGGACAUGGACAUGGACGUGGACGUGGACGUGGACGUGGACAUGGACAUGGACGUGGACGUGGACGUGGACGUGGACGUGGACGUGGACGUGGACAUGGACGUGGACAUGGACGUGGACGUGGACGUGGACAUGGACGUGGACAUGGACGUGGACGUGGACGUGGACAUGGGUGUGGGUGGGUGGUGGACGUGGACGGGGACGUGGACGUGGACGUGGACGUGGACGUGGACAUGGACGUGGGGACGUGGAAUGGACGUGGACGUGGACGUGGACGUGGACAUGGACGUGGACGUGGACGUGGACGUGGACGUGGACGUGGACAUGGACGUGGACAUGGACGUGGACGUGGACGUGGACGUGGACGUGGACGUGGACGUGGACGUGGACGUGGACGUGGACGUGGACGUGGACGUGGACGUGGACAUGGACGUGGACGUGGACGUGGACGUGGACGUGGACGUGGACGUGGACGUGGACAUGGACGUGGACGUGGACGUGGACGUGGACGUGGACGUGGACGUGGACAUGGACGUGGACAUGGACGUGGACGUGGACGUGGACAUGGACGUGGACGUGGACGUGGACGUGGACGUGGACGUGGACUGGACGUGGACGUGGACAUGGACGUGGACGUGGACGUGGACGUGGACGUGGACGUGGGACGUGGACGUGGACGUGGACAUGGACAUGGACGUGGACGUGGACGUGGACGUGGACGUGGACGUGGACCUGGACGUUGACAUGGACGUGGACGUGGACGUGGACAUGGACGUGGACGUGGACGUGACGUGGACGUGGACAUGGACGUGGACGUGGACGUGGACGUGGACGUGGACGUGGACGUGGACGUGGACAUGGACGUGGACAUGGACAUGGACGUGGACGUGGACGUGGACGUGGACAUGGACGUGGACGUGGACGUGGACAUGGACGGGACGUGGACAUGGACGUGGAUGUGGACAUGGACGUGGACAUGGACGUGGACGUGGACGUGGACGUGGACGUGGACCUGGACGUGGACGUGGACAUGGACGUGGACAUGGACAUGGACGUGGACGUGGACGUGGACGUGGACAUGGACGUGGACGUGGACGUGGACGUGGACGUGGACGUGGGGACGUGGACGUGGACGUGGACAUGGACAUGGACGUGGACGUGGACGUGGACGUGGACAUGGACGUGGACGUGGACGUGGACAUGGACAUGGACGUGGACGUGGACGUUGACGUGGACGUGGACAUGGACGUGGACGUGGACGUGGACGUGGACGUGGACGUGGACGUGGACGUGGACGUGGACAUGGACGUGGACGUGGACGUGGACGGGGACAUGGACGUGGACGUGGACGUGGACAUGGACAUGGACGUGGACGUGGACGUGGACGUGGACGUGGACGUGGACAUGGACGUGGACAUGGACGUGGACAUGGACGUGGACGUGGACUGGACAUGGACGUGGACGUGGACGUGGACGUGGACGUGGACGUGGAUGUGGACGUGGACUUGGACGUGGACGUGGACGUGGACGUGGACGUGGACCUGGACUUGGACGUGGACGUGGACGUGGACGUGGACAUGGACGUGGUUGGGACAUGGACGUGGACAUGGACGGGGGUGGACGUGGGUGGACGUGGACGUGGACGUGGACGUGGACGUGGACAUGGACGUGGACGUGGACGUGGACGUGGACGUGGACGUGGACGUGGACGUGGACGUGGACGUGGACAUGGACAUGGACGUGGACGUGGACGUGGACGUGGACGUGGACGUGGACAUGGACGUGGACGUGGACGUGGACGUGGACGUGGACGUGGACAUGGACGUGAACGUGGACGUGGACUGGACGUGGACGUGGACGUGGACUGGACGUGGACUGGACGUGGACGUGGACGUGGACGUGGACGUGGACGUGGACGUGGACGUGGACGUGGACGUGGACGUGGACGUGGACAUGGACGUGGACGUGGACGUGGACGUGGACCUGGACGUGGACGUGGACGUGGACGUGGACGUGGACUUGGACGUGGAACUGGACGUGGACGUGGACGUGGACGUGGACGUGGACGUGGACGUGGACUUGGACGUGGACGUGGACGUGGACGUGGACGUGGACCUGGACGUGGACGUGGACGUGGACGUGGACGUGGACAUGGACGUGGACGUGGACGUGGACGUGGACGUGGACGUGGACGUGGACUUGGACGUGGACGUGGACGUGGACAUGGACGUGGACGUGGACGUGGACGUGGACGUGGACGUGGACGUGGACGUGGACGUGGACAUGGACGUGGACGUGGACGUGGACGUGGACGUGGACGUGGACGUGGACGUGGACGUGGACGUGGACGUGGACGUGGACGUGGACGUGGACGUGGACGUGGACGUGGACGUGGACGUGGACGUGGACGUGGACGUGGACGUGGACGUGGACGUGGACAUGGACGUGGGUGGAUGGACGUGGACGUGGGGGUGGGGGGGGGGGGGGGGGUGGGACGUGGACGUGGACUGGACGUGGACGUGGACAUGGACGUGGACGUGGACGUGUGGACGUGGACGUGGACAUGGACAUGGACGUGGACGUGGACGUAGACGUGGACAUGGACGUGGACAUGGACGUGGACGUGGACGUGGACUUGGACGUGGACGUGGACGUGGACGUGGACGUGGACGUGGACGUGGACGUGGACGUGGACGUGGACAUGGACGUGGACGUGGACGUGGACAUGGACGUGGACGUGGACGUGGACAUGGACGUGGACGUGGACGUGGACAUGGACGUGGACAUGGACGUGGACGUGGACGUGGACGUGGACGUGGACGUGGACGUGGACGUGGACGUGGACGUGAACGUGGACAUGGACAUGGACGUGGACGUGGACGUGGACGUGGACGUGGACAUGGACGUGGACAUGGACGUGGACGUGGACGUGGACAUGGACGUGGACAUGGACGUGGACGUGGACGUGGACAUGGACGUGGUUGUGGACGUGGACGUGGAUGGACGUGGACGUGGACGUGGACACGUGGACAUGGACGUGGACGUGGACGUGGACGUGGACGUGGACGUGGACGUGGACGUGGACAUGGACGUGGACGUGGACGUGGACGUGGACGUGGACGUGGACGUGGACGUGGACGUGGACGUGGACGUGGACGUGGACAUGGACGUGGACGUGGACGUGGACGUGGACGUGGACGUGGACAUGGACGUGGACAUGGACGUGGACGUGGACGUGGACAUGGACGUGGACGUGGACGUGGACGUGGACGUGGACGUGGACGUGACGUGGACAUGGACGUGGACGUGGACGUGGACGUGGACGUGGACGUGGACGUGGACGUGGACGUGGACAUGGACGUGGACGUGGACGUGGACGUGGACGUGGACGUGGACGUGGACAUGGACGUGGACAUGGACGUGGACGUGGACGUGGACAUGGACGUGGACGUGGACGUGGACGUGGACGUGGACGUGGGACAUGGACGUGGACAUGGACGUGGACGUGGACGUGGACGUGGACGUGGACGUGGACGUGGACGUGGACGUGGACGUGACGUGGACGUGGACAUGGACGUGGACGUGGACGUGGACAUGGACGUGGACGUGGACGUGGACAUGGACGUGAACGUGGACGUGGACAUGGACGUGGACGUGGACGUGGACGUGGACAUGGACAUGGACAUGGACGUGGACGUGGACGUGGACGUGGACUUGGACGUGGACGUGGACGUGGACCUGGACGUGGACAUGGACAUGGACAUGGACGUGGACAUGGACGUGGACGUGGACGUGGACGUGGACGUGGACGUGGACGUGGACGUGGACGUGGACGUUGGACGUGGACGUAAACAUGGACGUGGACGUGGACGUGGACAUGGACUGGACAUGGACGUGGACAUGGACGUGGACGUGGACGUGGACAUGGACGUGGACGUGGACGUGGACAUGGACAUGGACGUGGACGUGGACGUGGACGUGGACGUGGACCUGGACGUUGACAUGGACGUGGACGUGGACGUGGACAUGGACAUGGACGUGGACGUGGACGUUGACGUGGACGUGGACUGGACGUGGACGUGGACGUGGACGGACGUGGACAUGGACGUGGACGUGGACGUGGACUGGACGUGGACGUGGACGUGGACGUGGACAUGGACAUGGACGUGGACAUGGACGUGGACGUGGACAUGGACGUGGACGUGGACGUGGACGUGGACGUGGACUGGACGUGGACCUGGACGUGGACGUGGACGUGGACAUGGACGUGGACGUGGACGUGGACGUGGACGGGACGUGGACGUGGACGUGGACGUGGACGUGGACGUGGACGUGGACGUGGACGUGGACGUGGACGUGGACGUGGACGUGGACGUGGACGUGGACGUGGACAUGGACGUGGACGUGGACGUGGACGUGGACAUAGACGUGGACGUGGACGUGGACGUGGACGUGGACGUGGACAUGGACGUGGACGUGGACGUGGACGUGGACGUGGACAUGGACAUGGACGUGGACGUGGACGUGGACGUGGACAUGGACGUGGACAUGGACGUGGACGUGGACGUGGACUGGACCUGGACGUGGACGGGGGACGUGGACGUGGACGUGGACGUGGACGUGGACAUGGACGUGGACGUGGACGUGGACAAGGACGUGGACGUGGACGUGGACAUGGACGUGGACGUGGACGUGGACAUGGACGUGGACGUGGACGUGGACAUGGACGUGGACAUGGACGUGGACGUGGACGUGGACGUGGACGUGGACGUGGACAUGGACGUGGACGUGGACGUGGACGUGGACAUGGACAUGGACGUGGACGUGGACGUGGACGUGGACGUGGACAUGGAAGUGGACGUGGACAUGGACGUGGACGUGGACGUGGACAUGGACGUGGACAUGGACGUGGACGUGGACGUGGACAUGGACGUGGUUGUGGACGUGGACGUGGACAUGGACGUGGACGUGGACGUGGACGUGGACUGGACGUGGACAUGGACAUGGACGUGGACGUGGACGUGGACGUGGACGUGGACAUGGACGUGGACGUGGACGUGGACGUGGACGUGGACAUGGACGUGA